AUUAGUAAAAAUUAGUAAAAUGUUUUCAGUGUGUCACCGUGUACCAAAUGACCUAUGGACUCGUACUGGUCCGCGGACCGGGGGUUGGGUACCUCUGAUCUAUACAGCGUUUCAUUUACAACCGGCCCUUCAAAUGGAACUGUACUGAUGAUGUGGCCCUCGGUGAAAAUGAUCAAGUGAAAAAGAUUAAGCCAAUCCUAGAAUUAAACAGACAGAUCACCAGUCACAGAGCCACAUACAUUAUACAGACUAACAACCAUUCCAUCACAUUGUACCUAUUACAGACUCAGAUCAACCUAAUCUCUAAAUCCCUACCCCUGCAUGUUUUUGCAAUGUUGGAUGAAACCAGAUCAGACCUGUUAGAUCAUAGGUGUCAAACUCAAGGACCUCGGGGAAAAUGUGGCCCACUGGGUCAUUUUGUGUGACCCGCAGUAGCUUAGAAAGUUACAAUCAAUGCUGCAGAGUUUCUCAACAUUGAUACAUUUUUUUUUUAUAAUAACGUUUGAAUAAUGUUUAGUCAGGGGCCACAUUUACCCUAUUCAGAUCAAGUACCAAAACUGGUCCCUGCCUUGAACUUCGGAGAUUAUUAUUUUAUCGGGGUUUUUCCCCCCUCAAAAAACCCGUCUUGGUCAUUUAUCCUGGUGCCACCCGUCUGGCUAAGAGUCAAUUUUCUGAGGAUCCGUCCUUGAACACAAACACUUCUCGUCAAAGAGGGAGACGGAGCUCCUCCACCUCUGCAUGAGAGAGAGAGAGAGAGAGAGAGAGCAUCCUCAGCUGUAGGACGUUGGUGGCUCACAGCUCACACACUCAGAGGAAGCAGCGAUGGAGAAAGCAGCAGCAGGAGGAGCAGAAUGACUGACAGUAACAGGGUGUUUGCCUCCUGGUACUCGAUACCUAGUGUUUUCCUGAGGUCUGUCAUGACCACCCGGACUCUUCUUUUUGUAAAUAAACCCACUGAGGAAUGUUUUCACAGUUUUGUCGAUGCCUGUGGAGAAUGUUCAUCCUCCGCGGCGUAAUAUAUUGGAGUAGUGCCCAUGAAAUCUUGCUUCGUGUGUUUAUUUAUUACCACUAACCCACUGCUCCGGCUUCUUUUUUGGACCUUAUUUUCUUUUUCUGCCUAAAUGUUGAAUUCAGUGCUCUUUUGGAAGGACAGCAGUCUGGCUCUGUACCCGGACACGAGCAUGUGAGGUGAACAAACCUGUGGAUAGUUUCUUCAGACAGUAUGAUGACAAGAUAUGUGACCAUCACCGUUAUUUUUCCUGCUGGGCUCUAUUGCGCAUGCCUGGUGGCGGAUAUACAGCGCUGGCCGUCGCCACUUGACGCCGUCCUGGCACUAAUGUAGGAGCCAAAAAAAAGGGGAAAGCUGAAGAAAAAGUACAAGGGAGAGCAGGACUGAAUGAAAAUGCCUCGGCAAAGUGGCAGCGUGGCGAGCAAAGGAUUUGAUCCCCCGAGAUCUUCGGCGAAAUAAGACUGUGCCCUCAGCUGAAGGAUGUCAGCGGCAGCGAAUGCAGAGGCUGAAGGAGUAGUCUCCAAAGUGAAAGUCAAAAAGGAGAUCAAGACCAUCGUGGAGAACCUGGAAACCAUCCUGGGAGACUUGAAGGAUGUGGCCAAAGAACUCAAAGAGGUUGUCCAUGAGAUCGACACGCUCACUUGUGACCUGCAACUAGAGGAGGACGGGAUGACAGACAGCUCCAAGACAGACACACUCAAUUCCAGCUCCAGCUCCACCACCACCACUGCGUCCAGUCUAGAAAAGAUGAAGCUCUUCCCAGAGGACAGCAUCUUUAAAAAACCUUCUUCCAUCAUUCCAGUCCCCGUCAACCCCUCGGCAGUCCUGGCUGUUUUCAAAAGAUCCCAUCCACCUUUACCACCACCAAGGCUUACUCCACUAAGAACCGAGGAGCACAACAUCAAGAAUCUGCCUCAUCCGACAUUAGUGUUAUCAGGGAAUUUAUCCAAGGCCAAUGGGGCUCUAAUGAGAAACGGUGGAGUCUUUCCGGUGAAACCACACAGAAAUUUAUUCUCCUCCACACCGUGUUUCCUUACUAGUGACAGUGGGAUACCUGAGUCAGGGCUUGUACCCACCUUGCCCAGACCUAUGCCCUUACUGCGUCAUGAGAAGAACAAAUGUCCCGAAGGCCCUGGUAGGGAGCCGCGUGAAAGGGAGCGUGUUCGUUUUAGCGAGAAGGUCCAGUAUCACGGCUAUUGCCCAGACUGCGACCUGCAAUAUGACGUAGACAACAUGGAGUUUCACCUACAGACAGAACUGAAUGCCUUGAGGCUCAGCCCUGUACACUGCUGCUCUUCCUCAUCUCCUCCUCCCCCUCGUGCUCUUUCUCAUGAUUUACUGUUGGAAAAUGGCAGCCUCCCGCUCAGCCAUAGUUUUCCCCCGACAGUAAACACACCUCCACCUUUUGUGCCUCCACACCCCCCUUCCCCUAAACCCCAGAAAACAAUCCUACGCAAAUCAACCACCACCACCGUUUGACACAGAGUCCCUUGUUCUCUUUACCUUAAACAUUCUUGAAUCAUUCAUAGUGUUUCCUACUUUAAGAGUGCUUUCUACUGUAGGUGAACUUUGGAUAUCCCAAACAGAGGGAGGAAGGGUUGGAGAAAAACAGGAAAAAAAAAAAAAAACAGGUUGGAUAAAGUGAGCAAAAGAAAGAAGAAGGCAUUGCCAUGAGCCGUGAGAUGUACACAGAGAGAUCAGGAUGAAACGGUGAGUCUUUGUGUGUGUGUGUGUGUGUGAAUUCUUUUGUAAAGAAAAAAAAGCCCAUUCCAUACCUUGGUGCAUAUCUCUGAGUAUCUGCUUUCAACUAUUUGUUUUUAUUCAUGAAUGUAUUACAUUGGGAGGCUGGUAGGCACCAAACACUGACUGGAAAAUGUGCCGGCACUUUAAAUUUUCAUAGCACAAACAAUGCUGACAACACAAAAUCGAAAUGGUGUUUGUGUCUUUUGCUGCUAACGAGUCUAAAACUCAGGAGGGGUUUUUUUUUUUUUUUUUUAGAAAAGUGCUGUGAUUAAUUCAUGUCCUUUUAGAUGAAACAAGAAAACCUGCUUCCCUCAGAAUCCAUCCGAAGCCCUCAAGCUCUUUCCACACACUGAUCACUUAACUGCACACAGGCUUUGAGUAAAGCGGAAUACACAAGUGUAUGUGUCACUACAGAACGGGCAGUGGCAUCUAUUACCCACACAUCUAACAGGAGAACAAUUAGGUUCUUUCAUUCUUCCUCCUCCUUCGUGGCCUCUUUGUUUCUACUAGGCAGGUUUCCCUGAUGGUGUCAAACAGAAGAAGUGAGAAAUUGGAGGGUGUGAGAAAAGACUGACACGAUCACUGGAGAAGAGAAGGAAAGGGCCCAUUGUUACAUCAGAGGUACAAAUGGAACAAGGACUUGUUUCUUACACUAAUCAGCCUCGGUCUAUCAGGCAGAAAGGGUCCAAGGCAUCUGCCUCCCUCUUUUCCUAAAGAAGUGCAAAUGGGAGGAACAGGAAGCAAGACUACUGGACAGCUGAUUCACUAGCACUACAGGAGCAGUACAAUCCUCAAGGCUGUUCUUCAUCAAAAACUAAAGAAGGAUAAAGGGCAAGUAAAAAGGCAGAUGAAUGUAAGGCUGUAAAGAUGAUAUUUUGUGUUACUUUGUGAUAGUUAAGAUGAAGCCCAACCCCAAUCACUGGAGUUUAGUUGCAGAGGAAAACAGGGACAAUUAUGUCAGCCAGCAUGUAAUUUGUGUCUUCACAGACUUUUUUUCUCUGUGCAUACUCAGAUGGAAAUCAAUAGCCCCAGUAAACUGAUGGAAUCUGCCUUUUAAAGAAUUGUAAUUAUUUGUGUCUGGAGAGCCUGAUGGGUCUGCCUGUGAGUGUAACAGUGCUGUGCCAGACUGCAGAUAAGCAGAAAAUAACAAUUUGUCAUUAUGUGCCAUAUGCUCGAUCACUGUGGGUCUAGGAAAGACUAAUGGUUUUAAAUGAAUGAUGAUGAUGUGGUCACUGAUCUGUGUCCAGACAUUAUGUUCAUUACAUCAAAAAAAAAUUAUAUUUGCUCAGUUGAUGCCAUGCACACAGUUUUUUCCAUAGCAGCAUAUAAAAUACAAAUAAAAAUGACACAGUUUUGCAUAGUUAGAGCUUUAAAAUAUCUUUAAAUAAGUAAUAAUGCAUUAAAAGCAUCAGAUUUUAUUUAUAUAUAAAUAUACUUAGACAUGUUUGAUAUCUAUCCUGUAUAUUUCGGGCACUUUUCUACAGAGACUUUAACAUUUAAAAAGAAGAUAUUUUUGAUAUUGUGUUGGAUGACUGGUAGGAACCUUGAUGAGGGAUGACAAUUCCUUGAGGUACUUUUUUGAGAAGGGCAUUGCAAGAGUUUAUUUAUAUAAUACGUGGCAACAGAAUAGUGUAUUUGUAUUGUAUGAACUAAUAACUUGUUAUUGCUAUCCAUAGACUAUGAGUAAUAGAUGCAACCACAUGGUUGCAAAAAUGAAAAUCUGACAUUUUAGUACAUUGAUGCAUAAUUUUCACCAUGAUUUAUGGUCCAAAUCCCCAGUUUCAGGUGUCCUUCAAUAAAACAUGGUGUCUAUUUGAUAAAUGAAUAAUUGAAAACAGAACGAAAUGAUAGAGCACACCAAACAAAUGAUAGGAGAUUAUGCUGGUGAGUGAAUCAAAUAAGGCAACCCAUCAUGUGUUGUCUCACAUUCUGCUUUAUCAUCAAAGUCUGCUGUAGCUUCACAGUGAAACUAUAAUUUGUAACUAUAAACCUGCUUCCAUUUCUUAUACACAGUUACAUGCAUUAAUCUAUUAGGCUUCUUUGCUCUUAAAACAUGGACAGAAACACAAUUCUUAUGGUUUAACUAAGUUUAACUGUAAAAUUCAAAAAAUAAUUAUAAUUAUAAUGUGUUCUUUCCAGCCUUUAUAUUUCAUCAUAUUUCAAAACAGCAUGAACACCUUUUAAUCAGUUAGCAACAAAUUGUUUUUGUGUAAUCCUUUGAAAUAGAUAAAUAAAUCAAAGAUUUAUACUGCCAUCACUGUGUUUUUCUAUGCAUUGUGGUGAAGAAGAUGUCUGUUAGUGGUAAGGCUGCUAAGAUUUUUCAGUUAAUCGAGGAACAAUCCACAAGGAAAUUAGUCUUUAACUAUUUUCUAUCUUUCCGUGCUCCCUAAAUUCAGUAUUAAAAUUCUAAACCAUUUCUGGUCUGUUUUAUCAGUAAAAUGAAUAGUCUUGGUUUGUAGAUAAAACCUAAGGACAUCUGAGGACAUACCAAUUUUUAGAUAGUAGACAAACUAAUGAAUGAGUUCUGCAAUUAUCGACAUUGUAACUGUGCAAAUAAAAGACAGAAAUAUUAAUAUGAUUAUUUGAUUGCAGACGUUAUUAUGCGAUGCAGCUGUGUUUGGUGAUUCCAACACGUAGGUCUGCUUUUUUCUCAAAAAGAUUGAGUUAAGAAUGAACCUCACCCACACCACCAAUCAAUCUUUUUCUAUGACGUUCAUCAGGUAAAUUUUCUAGACACUAUAAAUUCAAUCUGUGUUUUUCAUGCUGCUUACCCCAAUAAAGCAUUUGAAUUUGUUGGUGAGUGAUUGAGUUUGUGAGAGUGAGUGUCUGGAGUAAACAUAUUACCAUACAAUACAAUGAACACAUUCGUCAGAUAGGAGGUGCCACAUUAUCUUCUUUGUUCUCACUGGACACAGAGCCUGAAAUCAUGACCAAAUUUCUUAUCAGUAAAGAGUCUCUUAUGAAAAAUGUUUUGGAUUGUAACAGAAAACGGAUAAUUUAUUGUAUGUCCAAACACUGUUGGGGAAAUAUCUGUGAGGAGUAAACAUUUUGUGCUUAA